AUGAAUGCUACCCUUUUUCAAGUAAUGAAAUAUUGCGGAGAACAAUUGGAUAUAUAUCAACGUUGCGUGGAAAAUCAUCCGGAAGGUUGGCAUUCAGAAUGUCUUGAGCAAAAACGUAAACUUACCAAAUGUUCGGAAGAAAAAGUCCCCGAAAUAAAAAUGGUAAAACAAAAAUGCAACAAUGUUAUAGUUGCAUUUGAUGAGUGCCUGGCCAAGAAUGAAUCAGAUCCCGAGGUUUGUCGAGAUCAAUUGAAAGCUUUGUAUGAGUGUACUGAGAAUAACGCUGGUGGUAUUUCUAUUACUGAUUCUGGAAAUUUGACUGGGGAAAACCAAAAUAUUGAAAAUGAAAAUUCUUCCAUACAUAAACGAUAA